UCCGCUGCAGCUUUGGUGUCUGUAGUGAAAGGAGGUCAGCCCCAGGAGUCCGCGGUGUGGGGAAAUCCUGCUUGGGAGGUGAAUGCCUUGUAGUUGCAGGGAGUCUUGCAGCGGGUUCCCUGAGACCGGCGGGGGGCCGGGACGCAGCUGGACACGCCGGGACACGACUGGACACGGGCUGUCACUCAUUACCAGAAAUUCAAGGUCAUCUCGUUCAGCAGUUGUACCUGGGGACCAACACUGAUCUUGUCAAAAGUCAGAAUCGAAACGAAGACAUUGAACUGUGCUUUUCUGAGCUGGCAGCCUCACACUGGUGUCUCCGAGGGAAUGUCUCCAUCCGGUUACAUAAGAUGAGAAACCAACCUGAUGUUUGGCACCUAUGCUUGAAAUACAUAACAGACACUUCUGUGAGACGCCCUUUGCUGCUGAGGCACAUGGAUGGACGCUAAGCUGCCUGCACCGAGCUUCAGCAGAUCAUGGCAGAUCAACUUGACCUUCUUUUAAGUGUGAUCUUCAUGGCCAGCCCCAUGCUGGGAAUGUCUCCCUGUUCUUCCAAUGGCCCAAUCGCCUUAUUUCGCCAUUGUAACCUUACCCAGAUUCCCUGGGUCCUUGACACUACGGAGAGGCUCCUUCUCAGCUUCAACUACAUCAGUGUGGUCAACACCACAUCGUUUCCAUUCCUGGAGCAGCUCCUGCUGCUGGAGCUGGGAACCCAGUUUACACCCAUGACCAUCGGCCCAGAGGCCUUCAGAAACCUGCCCAAUCUGAGGAUCUUGGACCUGGGCCAAAACCACAUUGAAGUCUUGAGUCCAGAUGCUUUUCAGGGGCUGCCCCAUCUCUUGGAACUUCGACUGUUUUCCUGUAAGCUCUCCAGUGUUGUGCUAAGAGAUGGUUACUUCAAAAAUCUAACUUCAUUGGCUCGCUUAGACCUAUCUGGCAACCAGAUUUACAGCCUUCAUCUCCAUUCCUCAUUUCAGGAACUGAAUUCCUUAAAAGCCAUAGAUUUUUCUUUCAAUAAAAUAUUCCCUUUAUGUGAGGGUGAACUCAAGCCACUGCAGGGCAAAAUACUCUCUUUCUUUGGUCUCAAAUCAACUAGCCUGUUCAGCAGAGUCUCUGUGAGUUGGGAGACUUGCAGGAACCCCUUCAGAGGCAUGUGGCUGGAAACUCUAGAUCUUUCUGAAAAUGGCUGGACAGUAGACAUCACAGGCAACUUCAGCAUUGUCAUCUGGGGAAGCCAAGUUACCUCUUUGAUUCUCACACACCACAUAAUGGGGUCUGGCUUUGGCUUCCAGAACAUCAGAGACCCUGACCAGAACACAUUUGCUGGCCUGGCUAGAAGUUCAGUGAUGUCCCUGGACCUUUCGCACGGUUAUAUCUUCUCCUUGAAUUCCAGAGUGUUUGAGACACUGAAAGAUUUGAAGCUUCUGAACCUUGCCUCCAACAAGAUAAACAAGAUCUCAGAUGGUGCGUUUUAUGGACUGGACAAUCUCCAAGUUCUCAAUAUGUCGUAUAAUCUUUUGGGAGAACUUUAUAAUUCUAACUUCUAUGGGCUACCUAGAGUCGCCUACAUUGACCUUCAAAAGAACCAUAUUGGGGUCAUUCAAUACCAAACAUUCAGAUCCUUGGAGAAAUUACAAACCUUGGAUCUCCGUGAUAAUGCUCUUAAAACCAUCAAUUUCAUUCCAAGCAUCUCGAUGGUCUUACUGGGCGGCAAUAAGCUGGCCGACCUGCCACGCGUCCGCUUUACAGCCAACUUCAUCGAAUUGUCUGAGAACAAGCUGGAAAGUUUGUCCGACCUCUACUUCCUCCUGCAAGUUCCCCAGCUCCAGUCUCUCAUCCUGAACCAGAAUCGCCUUUCCUCCUGCAAGGCAGUCUACACCCCUUCCGAGAACCUGAGCUUGGAACAUCUUUUCCUGGCAGGAAACAUGCUGCAGCUUGCCUGGGAGACCGGUCUCUGCUGGGAUGUUUUCAAAGGCCUUUUCCGCCUCCGAGUCCUGUACCUGAAUAGCAACUACCUUCAUUUCCUCCCCCCUGGAAUAUUUAACGACCUGGUUUCGUUACAGUUGCUCAGUCUUGGCGCUAACAGGUUGACCUCUCUCUCUCCUGGCAGCUUACCUGCUAAUUUGGAGUUUCUUGAUAUAUCUAGAAAUCAGCUUUUCUCUCCUGAUCCCGGGUUGUUUGCUUCACUUAGCUUCUUGGACAUAACGCAUAACGAGUUUGUCUGCCAGUGUGAACUUAUCCCUUUUAUCACCUGGCUCAACCAAACCAAUGUCACCCUGCAGGGCUCUCCUGCAGACAUAUACUGCAUGUACCCUGACUCGCUGGCAGGGGUCUCCCUUUAUGACGUCUCCACCGAGGACUGUGAUGAAGAGGAAGCCUUGCAGUCCAUGAAGUUCUCCCUUUUCAUCCUGUGCACCGUCACUUUGUCCUUGCUCCUCGUCACCACCGUCACAUUCAUAAAGUUCCGGGGGACUUGUUUCCUGUGUUAUAAGACCAUUCAGAGACUGGUGUUCAAGGACAAGGUCCAGAGUUCGGAACCCAGUGCAUACCAAUACGAUGCCUACUUUUGCUUCAGUAGCAAAGACUUUGAAUGGGCACAGAAUGCUCUGCUCAAACACCUGGAUGCCCAGUACAGUUCCCGAAACAGACUCAGGCUGUGCUUCGAAGAGAGAGACUUCAUCCCGGGGGAAAACCACAUCUCCAACAUCCAGGCGGCUGUCUGGGGCAGCAGAAAGACCGUGUGCCUAGUGAGCAGACAGUUCCUUAAGGAUGGCUGGUGCCUGGAAGCCUUCAGGUACGCGCAGAGCCGGUGCCUGUCCGACCUCAAGAACGUUCUUGUCGUGGUGGUGGUGGGGUCCCUGUCCCAGUAUCAGCUGAUGAGACAUGAGGCCAUCAGAGGGUUUCUUCGAAAGCAACAGUACUUGAGAUGGCCUGAGGACCUGCAGGAUGUUGGCUGGUUUCUCAGCAAACUCUCUGGGUGCAUACUAAAGGAAGAAAAAGGGGAGAAGAGAAGCAGUACCAUUCCGUUGCAAACUGUAACAACCAUUUCCUAGUGGAAAGAGCCAUUUCCAAGCGCCACGGAGAACUCUGCACGGUGUAUGUGCUCGACCAUUUGGGGAUCCUUCCCAGGGGUUGUUUUCUGCCUGUGAGAGCGUCGUCAAUCUCUUGAUGUUUGUGUCAACAGAUAUUCUGUACCACUGACCUCCUAAUGGAAAAUACGGAAAGCCGCAGCCGCCUCUCAAGUUUCCCACUCCCUGUCGAUGUCCUUCUGGGCCCAAUAACACUGUUUCCUCCCAUCCUCUUGCAUACUGCCAGCCUCCUAGAUGGUGAGGCCACCUUGGGAGAAGUUAUGGUGGCUUCGUGCUUCCUGUGUUGUUCACCCUGAGAACAGGCUGUCACUGUAGAACACGGACAGCCGAGAUGGGGCCAUGGGAGUGAGACCAGUGCUGAGGACCGCUGUCCCUCUGCAUUGGUGAUAAGACGCUGGAUGGCAGCAACCCCAUCGCUGCGACCCCCAAGCAUGUACUUCAUGUCUUGACCCUGCAGGCUCAGCUUCUGUGGGUCAUGGCCAUCUUCUGCACUGGACUGCUCAUCCGGUGCUCACGCCCGUUCACCACUUAGCACCAGCCUGACCCUUCCAUAGCCUUCCCUACAACCGUACAACAGCUGCUGUACGCACUACACACUGUAAGAAGGAUGUGGACUUGACACAGAUUUCUUUCUGAUUCUGUGGUUUCUUAACCAUGGAACUUGAGCUUUCUAUACCACAGCUGGGCGUCAGUGUUCUCUCCUGUAGGCCUAACAACAUCUACCUCAUCAAUAUGCCGCGAAUGCUCAUUGGCCAAGAAUGUCAUGACUUCUCUGAGAGUUUUCUUAAUUGCCCUAAUGACCACAGGUGAAGACUCAUAUUCAAAGGCCCCUGGAGGCUAUAGUAAUUUCUUAAAUUUGUAUUUUUUUAAUCCUAAAGAGGGUUUAUGUGUAUUCUAAUCAUUUUGUGUGUUUAUUAAUAUAGCAAUGUUUCUCUGCAAAAGCAUUAAGAAACCUUAAACCAAAGAACUUGUGUCAUAGGUCCCUUAGCCCCUCAUUUGAACUCCUUCAUGUUGUGUACUUACUGCUAGGCCAGCUGCUGCAGCCUGAAUACAUAGAGGGGACUCAGCAUCUCCCUGUGACUGACACACACAUCCCAGUCACUGAAAUGUAUGCCAAUGAUGCAUUUAGUAUGUGUGAGGACACCCCAACUAUGAGCCCUGCUGGCCGGCCCUUUUUUUGUUUGCCUGUGUGUCCUGGGCCAAGGGUGGGACCUGGUCCAUAGUAAGUUCUUAAUGAAGCGAUAACCCACAAAGUCUGGUCAAUAAUUUAUUAGGGGGUGCAAUGGGAAAACAGAUUCACAAAUACAGAACAAGAUAGACGCUGCUUCUGAUCCAGUUGUUGUUUUCCUGCCAUUCUGCCCAAGGGUGAUGACCAAUCACUAGUCUUGCUUCUGCUCCAACCGCACGCACGCACGCACGCGCGUGAGAGAGAGAGAGAGAGAGAGAGAGAGAGAGAGAGAGGGAGAGAGAGAGAGAGAGAGAGAGAGAGGGAGGGAGGGAGAGAGAGGGAGAGAGAGAGAGCCUCCUCCUCAGUUUUAUUUGGUCACAUAUCCAGAGAAAACCAUGCGCAUAGGGCUAGUCACCCCAAAUGUCUUUGACUGAAACGGAUCAAAUUUCCAUAACACCUUAAUAAAUGCCGAGGUGUGGAGUGACACCUACUUUCUUAAGUGUCAGUGUGGUUGUCGUCUGCUCUCAGCUCUCCAGGGACGGGUAGGACGGGGCUAGGCUGUGAGAUUGAUGCCGCAGAGAAACUGAAGGCAGGGGAAGGCGGAAGAUGCUACGGGUUUGGAGAAGCACUGGGCUUUGUCAUCUUGUGGUGUGGAGGGACUGGAGGGGACUCACCUAGAACAGCCAAGAGCGGUGCUGGGGUUGAGGAACGGGUGUGGGGAGGCAGGAAAGCAGCUCUGGCUAAUUCAUGGAGACUACAUUCUCUUGGUCCUUGUUCCACGGGGUAGAGCAAAACCAGACCCCCAACCUUCCUCACGGUUGCAGCCACAGCUCCUGAAGAUGAAGAUGAUGCUGGGCUGGUUCAGUCUCACCUCCCUGCUGUCCGUCAGCCUCGGCUCUGCACACCCUGCAGGCACAGCUAUGGUGCUCAGCAGGUCUCAGUGGAGCCUCUCCCCAGAGCUGUGCAGCCGAAGAGGGGGAGAUCAGGGAAAGUGCAGACGCGCAGUUUCUGAAGUCUGCCUUCUUUUCUGAAUGACUCUGAAAAGCACAACUUUUCUCUUUUUCUCUUUACCUCUGUCCUAAGUGUGUUUUCCCUACACUCUGGACCUCCAUUCUUUCUAGAGUUCCCGCUAUGCCAUGUGGUCUCCACAAUGGCUUCACUCAUGUGUGUGGCUUUUCCCGUUUUCUUCUCCAUUCUACCCCUCCAGGCAUCUGCUGAGAUUCACACCCUGCCUGUCCUGGGGUUUUUAUUUGUUCUGUUUUCAAAGUUGAGCUCUAACAAAAGCAUUCUCAAGCUUUAAAAAAAAAUACAUUUCACUGCUCAGCAAGAAAACUGAAGGGUACUCGUUCCCUUUAGUCACUGGAGAAAUCUAAAUGAGAGCCACACUGGUGUGGCACGCCCCACCCACCAACAUAGCUAACAGCAAGAUGACUGGUGGUACCAAACAGUGAGAAAGACAUGGAGCAAUGGAAAUGCCCUGGUUGACCGUGCAUAUGUAAGUUAGCAUCUUUUCAGGAAGCCAACUGUCAUUCCCUGAUAGAGUUGAAUCCAUACAUGUCCCCCCACAUGCCGGACGUGUUACAUAUUCCACCAGACGUCUUAUCAGCAUUCUUUACAAUAGCCAAUGCAAGGAGCAACUUCCUUGUCCAUUAGCCAUGAAAGGACAGACUGGUCACGGAGAAAGAUGUACACGGACCCUUCAGUAACUGCAGCUACCCAUAACCAUCAGCGCCAAUCUCACAGAAAUGCUGGCAGGAGAGCAUAAUGAUUACGUCUGAAAAGACAGCACCCGCCUAUGGUGAUUGCGUUGACAGCAGUCACCUUUGAGGCAUAUGGAAGGGACCUCUGAGAUACCGGGUAGGCUCCAUGUCUUGACCUGGGCAGUGGUGACCACGUGUGUAUACUUUGUGGCAAGGGGUUUCUGUGCACCCACAGACCUGUUCACUUUUGUAGGAGGUCAUAUUCUGCAGUUUGAAAUCAAAGAAGCUUAAGAAACCGGGACAUUUUAAUCUUGUCUGUAGAACAGGCAGGGCAAAUACCUUACCCCACGACACAUGAGUUUCAUUGGAAAAGCCAUAGGGUAUCACUGGAUUUCCCUGCAUUGCCCCUACCAAAAUAGUGAUUUCUCUGGGAGUUAGGGUACAAGAGGACACAAGCUGUCAUUUUAUAUCUUUGGUAUUAAUUUAAUUUUUUUCUUUUACAUUUAGUGAGUGUGUGUGUGUGUGUGUGUGUGUGUGUAUCACACCAUAUGUGAUCAGAUGUAGCGUAAUGUCUAUACUACAGGAUGGUUCACGAGUCAGGCAAGGAGCUAGAGAUUGAAACACACACACACACACACACAUACACACACACACACACACAGAGAGAGAGAGA